GCUUGCCAUGAACAUUUGGUUGGCCCUUGAUUCAUUGGUGAGAUUCGCAGAAUGCUGCUGCUUGGCUCAGAGGUGUUUGGACUCGGUAGAACGAGGAACCUUGCACUGCCAGCCAUGAGUUUGGUCCAAGAAGAGACCAUCCAGGACUUGCCAGAAAAGAGGGCAGUGGAAGACACCACCGACGAUAGCGACGGUGAUUUACCGGAACUCUAUGAUGCCAGUGAAAGUGAUAGUCCCAGCCCAGCAUCCAAGGUGCAAGAGACUCUCGAAGCUGACAGCAAGGAGGUGGAUGAAGUGCUUCGCCGCUAUGUAGACAAGUUUGGAGAGUCGCGUGAUGGUGAAGCUCAAGGCUAUAACCGCAGAGCGUUCCCCUGGUACUGCGGAGAAUCUCUGAACGACAAGAAAGAACUUGACAUGCAGGAUUUGCAGGCCGUCCUCCGCAAGAGUCCAAAGAGGGAAAAACGCCAGGCCAAGUUGUGGGACGUGGAUUCGGAAGGUGAGCAGAUCACCUUGUGCGCGCAUUGCUUGCUCCCGGUGGGUGAGGUCUCCUACUCUGGCCAGGGCAAAGCAACCUCCCUCCACGGAGAGUGUGCAGCACAAGUGAUGUUGCAAGACAUGAAGUCCAAGGAUGCCAAGCGCGUGGAGGACGAGACGGAGAAGAAGCAGAAGUGCCGCGCCGACCACGGCAUCGGCCAAUUGGAGGUGCCAAGGAAUGUCGUGACCGCAGCGAAACUCCACUGCAGCCCUGUGCCGCAAGGUCUUUGUUGCUUGGUCUGGGAUGAGGCCGCUCGUUUGGUGAAGAUUUGUGCCACCUCGGAGCCUGCUGCAGCUGUGAAUCUGGAGUACCUAAUGCUGGCGCUGAAGGUCCGCUACCAUGCAUGCCGAGAGCCACUGUUCUCCCUGGACCCAGUGAACCCAGAAAAGCUGGAGACCACGCUCCUCGAGAAGCGCUUCUCGCCCUCUUGGCUGGCCGGCACCAGUGUGGGAGAGCUGAUGUUCCAGGCAGACUAUUACCUCAAGGAGCUGGCUAUGGGAGAGCACAGUAUGCCAGUGAUGGGCAUGAUGAGUGUGUUUGAUUGGUCCGAAGCCGACAACGUGAAGGGCGGAUGGACAGGGCGAGAGUGGUUCGUGGUCAACAAGGCAGAGGUGAAAUUGGCAUCCGACAACACCCUGAUCCCCAGCGUGAAGAUGGGAGUUGAGGCAAGAACACAGGUUCGUCGCAAUGGCGGACUGGAGGAUGCUGCGAUCACCAGCAAGAAUCAUCCCCUGAGGAAGUUUGCGGAGAGUUUUAGCAAGAACUUUGACCUCAUCGCAGAAAGGAAGCAUGUGAUCUUCCAAUUGCGGGAGUUGGCCAAGGCCUCGGCCAUGGCGAAGUUCUUGGUCGACUCGGCCACUACGGUGCCUCAGGAAUGGUGGCAGCUCGCAGAUGAACUUGUGAGUUUUGCCAAGUCUGUGGACAAACAGAUCCCUCAGCUCUGGAACAUGCGUGGUCAGAGCCGCAUCCAGGUGAAAGACGGAAAGCUGGCAACUGCCCAAUCGAACCAGUGCUACCUGACCAGCGUGUAUGGUGGUAUUGAGUUUGGUCUGGAUCGAUUUGAGCUGGCCUCAAGGCAUACCUUGAGACCUGUGGGCGCUGGGGGCUCUACAAUGGUUGGAGGCCUGCAGGGCAUGCAACUUGGCCCCACUGCGCGGCCUGGCUUUGCCCCGUCGCGGUUUCAGCUCACGCAGCGGCCGGCGGCGCCUGCACCGGCAGAGCAACCGCAGGGAGUGGACUUGAAUCUGGAUCAGUUCGAUCUCUCUACACCCGAACGAUUUGCGAGCAAUGCACCCAGCUGCAGUGCAUCUUUGGAUUCCGUGGAGGCACGCGUGCCCUUGGGCCUUGCCUUCUUGCAGGGGCUGAGACGUUCGGCGACCUUUCGAGCGGAGGACAAGCAGCUCUUGAGCAAUCUCUACAAGGACCAGCUCUCAGAUCGCCUACUCGAGGGUGAUGCCUUCGUGCCACCGGAUCCAGAUCUGAAGUAUGUGUCAAAGCUGCGAGCUUUGGUUUGUGAGGAGGAUCUGCUACGCCAGAAGCGCAAGGCGCUCUUCUGCGACGCGGCCUUCAUCCCCGAGGAUCCCGGCAGCGCCUUUCCGAGAUCGUGGACCUCCAACUUCCAGUUGCACCAGGAGGGCCUGUCGACUGGACUGGUGAAGAAAGCCUUGAAAUCCGGCCUGGUACAGCUGACCAGCAACGUGGAGUUCCAAAGACUGGUGGCCAAGGAGGUCUUGCCGGACACGGCGCCGGUCUUUGAGAAGAGCGCCGAGGAUGGGACCGUCUUCCGCAUCUACCGCUUUGGCACGUUGGAGGUGCGCACCAUGCAGGAGUCCACGGGGAACGAAAACGUCAUGGCGAUGUUUUCCAUGCGCCCCACGUCUUGGACAGCCAAGAAGGGCGGCAAGGAGGCGGCAGACAGCGAGAAAGUUGUCCAGGCGAAGAUGUAUGUUGAGGCGGUUGACACGAUUGGGAACCUGACACGGUCGAUCCAGGGCAGCGCAGCUGAGCCCAAAGAGGAGCUUGAUGCUCCCUGGCGCAGCCAAAAGAUGGAUCACUGCCACUACUUCUUGGUCCUCGAGACAGACCAGGGCACCACUCUAAUCACUGAGAAGCUCAGUGAUGGGUCUGUGCAGAUGCUGGUGGCACCAGAGAACGCGGAGGAGCGUAUUUCCCUGGCCAGACUCCUCUACACACAUCAGAGCAAGGAGAAGACGGUGAGCAUGCGGGAAGUGAAAGUCUUCCAGGCGCAAAGUGCCCGGUGCACGGCCCAGGGUGCCACGGCCUCCGCACGGAAGCUCUACGUGGGAAAUCUCUUCAAGUUGGCCUCUGGCAAGGCCUUCUUGGUGCGCAAGUCCAAGGGAGCAGGCAAAGGAAGGUCAAAGGAGCCACUGCGGGUGCCACACGCCGUACCUGCGAUGGAAAGGCGCACCUACAGCAGCAAGGUCAAGUAUGAUGCUCACUGAAGAUACGAGUGUCCAGUCGUUGCCCUGACACUGAGCCAAGUCGGUAGCUGAGAGAGCUCCUGAGAGUGGAGAGCGAAAUCGAAAUGGAGAGCCUGUGAUCGUUCGUGGCUUC